AUGGCCUCUAGAUCAGAGGAAGACUUCUGCUGUCCCGCCUGUCAGGACAUCUUUAAAGACCCGGUCCUGCUGUCGUGCAGCCACAGCUUCUGUAGAGCCUGUCUGCAGAGCUGGUGGAUGGAGAAACAAUCCCAAGAGUGUCCUGUUUGUCGGAUGGUCUCCCAGUGGAGCGAUCCGCCACGCAACCUGGCCUUAAAGAACCUGUGUGAGGCCUUCCUGCUGAAGCGAGGUCAGGGGCCAACGGUAAGACCAGCAGCAGUCUGCCAUCUGCACUCAGAGAGACUUAAACUCUUCUGUUUGGAUGAUCAGCUGCCGGUGUGCGUCAUCUGUCGAGAUGCCAAAAUACACACGGAUCACAAGUUCAGGCCUAUCGAAGAGGCCGCUCAAGAUCGUAAAGAGGAGCUGCAGAAAUUCCUGAAAGCCUUACAGGACAAGCUGAAGGUUUUUCUUGAAGUGAGAGUGAAUCUGAAUCAAACAGCAGAGCACAUCAGAGUCCAGUCCAGACAAACAGAGAGAAAGGUAAGGGAUGGUUUCAAGAGGCUGCACCAGUUUCUGCAAGAAGAAGAGGAGGUGAGGAUAGCAGCUCUAAGAGAGGAGGAGAUGAAGAAGAGCAGGGCGAUGAAGGUGAAGCUGGAAGAUCUGAAUAGAGAGAUUUCAGCUCUGACAGACACCAUCAGAGCCACAGAGGAGGAGCUGAGGGGUGAUGAUGUGUCAUUCAUGUUGAACUACAAGGACGCAGAGGAGAGAGUUCAUCAGGGCCUCCAGCUGGAGGAUCCAGCUCUGGUUUCAGGAGCGCUCAUAGACGUGGCCUCACACCUGGGCAACUUGAGCUUCAACAUCUGGAGCAAAAUGAAGGAUAUUGUUUCCUACAGUCCCGUGAUUCUGGAUCCAAACACCGCCAACGCUGAGCUCAUCCUGUCUGCAGAUUUAACCAGCGUCAGACAUGGGAAGAUACAGCAGCUUCCUGAAAGCCCAGAGAGGUUCGAGUGCUGGGACUCAGUCCUGGGCUCAGGAUUCGACUCUGGGAGUCACUGCUGGGACAUCGAAGUCGGGGACAACAAAGACUGGGAGGUAGGGGUGUUGAUAGAAUCCGUGUGCAGGAGAGGGUUCACGGGGUCGACGGUGUGGAGUUUAGACUUUAACAACGUUAAAUACAGAGCUUUCUCUCCAGUGGAUAAAUACACCAACCUCCCCGUCAGAGAGAGGCUGAGGAGGGUCAGGGUUCAUCUGGACUGGGACAGGGGAAAGCUGUCGUUUUAUGAUCCUGAGAGAAGCACACACUUACACACUUUUACACACACAUUCACUGAGAGGAUGUGUCCAUACAUUUGCACCAGGAGCACGCAUCCUCUGAAAAUACUGCCUGUAAAGAUCUUUGUAUCAGCACCCAGCUAG